AUGGGACUUGCAAAUCUAAUUGAAUUGUCUCCCGUUUUGUUUUCUCUUCCGACGCUUUUGGUCUCACUCACUUUCUCUAGCUAUUCCUACAAUCCAUGGUACGGACGAGACGAUGAACAGCCUUCAUCCAUUACUCAAAAUGCCAUUCCUGUCACUCAGAGUGUUCUCUUUGCCGCGCUAACUCUACUUAUAGUGGCUUUUGUGUGUAAGCUUGGGUACCUGAACAGAAGUCCUCUAGUGUAUGCUGCUGCUGAUGACGACAACGAUACGAUGGACGAAAAGCCUCGAUCUUCCAAGCUAUCGUUUGUGUCUGAUAUUAUAAAUACCACAGUGACACUUCUUUUUCCUUUAAGUUGCUUGCUCUUGGCAAAUAACCUACUUUUGCCCAUCCGUAUUGCUUCUUUGGUGGUGAUCGAGAUCCUUAUCGGCAGAGAUUCCAAAAAACUUUCCAAGCAUCGUUCUUUGCAAUUGGAGCAAGAAUAUUCCAUGGAUGGUACGAUUGUGUCUGUGAUAUUCAAGAAGUAUCAACCUAUAGUGAUUUAUUUGUUAUGCUUUCUAUACGAUUUCGUGCUUCAUGGGCGCAACACAGGUGCCAAAAAGUACAUUGUUUUGGGAUAUUGUCUUCUUUUGGUGCCUUUACUGGUCUUUUUGAACCCAUUUGGCAGUGAAUUCAUAUCGAAAAGAGCUGUGACCCCAAAGCUAAAUACUUCUUUGGUGCUUUCUGCUGGUUCGAUGCUUCUCAUGACUGUAUACAAUCUCAAAGACUUGAACCUAAAGAUGAUAUUUGUUGCCAUAGGCUCUUUAAUAAUAUUCAUUGUCAGUCAGAUGGAUUGGAAAAGCGUUGAAUUUGGCGGGAAACCACGCUCUCUUUUCAAUAGGCACAUGUUCACGGACAACUAUAAGUUGAAUUUACUUACUCUCAACUUUAUCAUGGCGGCAGUCCAACUCAUCUCAUUGAAUAUGGGCGGACAUUAUUCUUUGAACGACGUUACUGCCACGAACGAUAUCGUCAAGGGUUGCCUGAUAGAUUUUGCGUUAAAUGUUGCAUUAGUGUUUCUUAUACAGCCAGAAUCCAAAACCCUUUCUCUUGAAGACGCUGAUGGAUCAGAGAAACAGCAAAUACCUAAAGAUAAAGAAACAUUUAUCUCCCUAAUAGUACAGAUGGUAAAGUACGAAGAGUCUCGCUCGAUCUUCAACUUUUUACUUCUCAAUCUAUCGUUCAUGUUUGUACAGAUCCUCUACUCCUUUAGAUCACGAUCGUUAAGCUUGUUGAGCGAUUCCUUGCACAUGUUUUUAGAUUGUACCUCGUUGUUUCUUGGUAUGCUUGCUUCAGUAAUUGCCAAGAAUAAUCUUGAACAUCCAAAUAAGUCCUAUCCAUUUGGACUUGCGAGGGUCGAGACUCUUGCUGGAUUUGCAAAUGGUUCUCUUUUGCUCGGUAUAGUGCUUGGCAUUUUCAACCAGGCUGCACAGAGGAUCGUGAGUCCAGUUCCGUUGGAAAGAACCACAGAGCUUUUAGUUGUCAGUAUUCUUGGGCUUGCGGUGAAUUUGGUGGGUAUAUUCGCAUUCAACCAUGGUGGUGACGGUCAUUCCCAUGGACAUUCACAUACUCAUGGUCAUCAGCACAACGAGGAGUCGCAGCAGCAUACCAACUUACAUUCUCAUACUCAUCAGUUGGAAGCAGCAGCGGAAUCUGCCAAUUAUAGAAACGAUAAUAUGCAUGGUAUUUUUCUACAUAUUAUGGCAGAUACUCUUGGAUCUGUAGGUGUUGUAAUAUCAACAGUUAUGGUCAAACAUUUUGCUUGGAGUAUAAUCGAUCCACUCACGUCGAUAUUCAUUGGACUUUUAAUUCUUCUCUCAUCUUUUCCGUUACUAAAGUCAUCGUCAUCGAAUCUUCUACUCUCAUUAGAAGAUGGUUCGGCCCAGCAAUUGAAGGAAACGCUUGGACAAAUAAGGCAUAUUUCGGGUGUAAAAUCAUAUACUACGCCAAGAUUCUGGCCUCAGAAUGAUUCAAGCUCCAAAUUAGUCGGAUAUUUGCACGUUCAAUACUACAGGACUGAAAAUGCAUCAAACAUCAGGCAGAAGAUUGAUCGAAUUCUCGAGCUAUCACCGGUGGUUAAUAGAUGCUAUAUACAACUAGAAAACGAGAUUGACGAUUGUUGGUGUCGGAAGAAAGCUAUAUUCAGUACCAGUUAG